CGCAUUUCCCGGUUGUUCGCUUCAAUGGCCGGGGAGGAAUCGGCGGAGCUCCCGGGCAGUUUCCCGGGAGAGGCUCGCCAGGCUCCGGCCCCGGAGGUCUUGGGGGUCCCUGCGGUGCCCCCGGCCCCAGAUCUAGCCGGACUUCUGAUUGCCAAACCUGACCUGAUAUAUUGGCUGGUAGAAGAAAACGAGCUAUUUGUCCUAGUCUCUGAUGAACACAAAGGAUUGGCAGGCAGCUGCAGAAAGACACCCUGGAAGAUUCCUCUGCCAUCUCCUCCAUUUGGUGAAGGGACAAGAGCCACCAUGCAGCCAGUUGAGGGCGGGGUGUCCUUUGAGGAGGUGGCUGUCUAUUUCACCCAGGAGGAGUGGACUCUGCUGCGCCCUGCCCAGAGAGCUCUCUACAAGGACGUCAUGCUGGAGAAUUUUGGGAACGUGGCCUCUGUGGGAGGACCUCAGAUCGCCAAACCUGAUCUCAUUUCCUGGCUGGAAGAAGAGGAAGAGCUGUUUCUUGUGGAUUGUGAUGAAGAGCAAGGACUGACAGGAGGUCUGUGGGAGACAGCGAAUGAAACAAAAAAACACCCAUUGAUGGAGAAAGGUGAUAUAUUUUCAGAUGUGACAGAGAAAUUUGAAAAUCUCCAUGCACUGAGGAAGCAGGAGGAAGAGGACCCACCUGAAGAGAGGACACAUUCCAGUUUUUCACAGGAUGCUAAUACUGUACUGCAAAAAAUAUUCCAAGGAGACAAGAGGAAGAAGUGCACUUCAAACAGGGAAAAUGUUCCUAAAAAUUCAGUCAUUAAUAUUCAACGAAACACCACUAACAAAAAGAAACAAUAUAAACAGGUGAAGUGUGGAAAAGGUUUUGGGCCCAAAGAGAGCCUAAAAUCCCAUCAACAAAUUCACACAGGGGAAAAACCAUAUAAAUGCCUGGAGUGUGGGAAAAGCUUUAGUCGAAAUAGUCAUCUUAAUUCGCACAAAAACAUUCACACAGGAGAGAAACCAUAUAAAUGCGUGGAGUGUGAGAAAAGCUUCAGUCGGAGAAACAGUCUAAUUUCUCACCAGAGAAUUCACACAGGGGAGAGCCCAUAUAAAUGCCUAGAGUGUGGGAAAACCUUCACUGUUCGUAGAAGCCUUACUUAUCAUCAAAGGAUUCACACUGGGGAAAAACCAUAUCAGUGUGUGGACUGUGGAAAAUGUGUCAGUGAUCGUAAAACACUUAAUUCUCAUCGCAUGAUUCAUAGAGGUGAGAGACCAUAUAAAUGCCUGGAGUGUGGGAAAAGCUACAGUUAUCGUAGAAGCCUAAUUUCCCAUCAAAAGAUUCACACUGAGGAGAAACCAUAUACAUGUCUGGAGUGUGGAAAAAGCUUCCGUGUUAGUAGAAGCCUUACUUCUCAUCAAAGAGUUCACACAGGGGAGAAACCAUUUCAGUGCCUGGAAUGUGGAAAAAACUACCAUGAGAGAAGAGCACUAGUUUACCAUCAACGAACUCAUUUGGCAGAGAAACCAUAUAAAUGUCUUGAGUGUGGAAAAAGCUUCAGGAUUCGUGAAAGGCUUACUUAUCAUCAAAGGAUUCACACAGGAGAGAAACCAUACAAAUGCCUGGACUGUGGAGAAAGCUUCAGGUGGAGUAAUCAGCUUACUUCUCACCGAAGAAUUCACACAAAGGAAGAACCAUAUAAAUGCCUGGAGUGUGGGAAAAGCUUGUCUGACAGAGGAAACCUAAUUUACCAUCAGAGGAUUCACACAGGAGAGAAACCAUAUAAAUGCCUGGUGUGUGGAAAAGGCCUCAGUGAUCGUAGAACCCUUGCUUCUCAUCAAAGAAUUCACACAGGGGAGAAACCAUAUACAUGUCUGGAGUGUGGGAAAAGCCUCAGUGAUCAUAGAAGCCUUACUAAACAUCAAAGAAUUCACACAGGGGAGAAACCGUAUAAAUGCCUGGAGUGUGGCAAAAGUUUUUGCCAGAGUUACAGCCUUACUUAUCAUCAACGCGUUCACACUGGGGAGAAACCAUACAAAUGCCUGGAGUGUGGAAAAAGCUUUAGUUACAAUACAACCCUUACUUCCCACCAAAGAAUUCACACAGGUGAGAAACCAUAUAAAUGUUUAGAGUGUGGGAAAAGCUUUGGGCACAAAAAGAGCCUAAAUUCACAUCAACGAAUGCACACUGGGGGAAAACCAUAUAAAUGCCUGGAGUGUGGGAAAAGUUUUAGUCGGAGCAGUCAUCUUAAUUCACACAAAAACAUUCACACAGGAGAGAAACCAUAUAAAUGUGUGGAGUGUGAGAAAAGCUUCAGUCGGAGAGACAGUCUAAUUUCACACCAAAGAAUUCACACAGGGGAGAGCCCAUAUAAAUGCCUGGAGUGUGGGAAAACCUUCACUGUUCGUGGAAGCCUUACUUCCCAUCAAAGGAUUCACACUGGGGAAAAACCAUAUCAGUGCGUGGACUGUGGAAGAUGUCUCAGUAAUCGUAGAACCCUUAAUUCUCAUCGCAUGAUUCAUAGAGGUGAGAGACCAUAUAAAUGUCUGGAGUGUGGGAAAAGCUACAGUUAUCGUAGAAUCCUCAUUUCCCAUCAAAAGAUUCACUCUGGGGAGAAGCCAUAUACAUGUCUGGAGUGUGGAAAAAGCUUCCGUGUUGGUAGAAGCCUCAUUUCUCAUCAAAGAAUUCACACAGGGGAGAAACCAUUUCAGUGCCUGGAAUGUGGGAAAAGCUUCCAUGAGAGAAGAACACUAAUUUCUCAUCAACAAACUCAUACGGGGGAGAAACCGUAUAAAUGUCUGGUGUGUGAAAAAAGUUUCAGAAUUCGUGAAAGGCUUACUGCUCAUCAAAGGAUUCACACAGGAGAGAAACCAUACAAAUGCCUGGACUGUGGAGAAAGCUUCAGGUGGAGUAAUCGGUUUAAAUCUCACCGAAGAAUUCACACAGGGGAGGAACCAUUUAAAUGCUUGCAGUGUGGGAAAAGCUUAUCUGACAGAGGAAAACUGAUUUACCAUCAGAGGAUUCACACAGGAGAGAAACCAUAUAAAUGCCCGGAGUGUGGAAAAGGCCUCAGUGAUCGUAGAACCCUUGCUUCUCAUCAAAGAAUUCACACAGGGGAGAAACCAUAUACAUGUCUGGAAUGUGGUAAAAACCUCAGUGAUCGAAGAAGCCUGACUAAUCAUCAAAGAAUUCACACAGGGGAAAAACCGUAUAAAUGCUUGCAAUGUGGAAAAAGCUUCAGUUACCGUGAAGGCCUCACUUCCCAUCGACGAAUUCACACUGGGGAGAAACCAUAUUCAUGCCUACAGUGUGGAAAAACUUUCAGUAAUCGUAGAGCCCUUACUUCCCAUGGAAGAAUUCACACAGGUGAGAAGCCAUAUAAGUGCUUGGACUGUGGGAAAAGCUUUCGUCAGAGUUACAACCUUACUUCUCAUCGAAGAAUUCACACAGGGGAGAAACCAUAUAAAUGCUUGGAGUGUGGGAAAAGCUUCAGUUACCAUACAACUCUUACUUCUCACCAAAGAAUACACACAGGGGAAAAACCAUAUAAAUGCCUGGAGUGUGGGAAAAACUUCAGUGCUCGUCGAAGCCUCACUUCUCAUCAAAGGAUUCACACAGGGGAGGAACCAUAUAAAUGUUUGGAGUGUGGGAAAAGCUUCAGGUGGAGUAAUCAGCUUACUUUUCAUCAAAGAAUUCACAAAAUGGACGAGCCAUAUAAAUUCUUGGAAUGUGGGAAGAGCUUCGAUGAGAAAGGAACCCUAAUUUACCAUCAAAAAAUUCACUUAGGGGAUAAAGUGUAUGAAUGCCUGGACUGAGGGAAAAGUGUCAUUGAUUGUAGAACUCUUCAUUCUCACCAAAGACUUCACAUGUGAAGGAACAAAAUGUCUGGAAUGUGAGAAAACCUUCACUGAGACAGGAACACUAAUUUAGCAUUAGAAAACUCAUAUGGGGGAGAAACUAUAUAGAAUUCUAGAGUGUGGGAACAGAUUCAGUGUUUAUGGAAGCCUUACUUUUCAUCAGAGGCACCUUCUUUGCCUUAGUCUUUUCCCAAAAAGGAAUUGAUGCACAUCCAGGGGAAAAUGAAACAGAAGAUACAGUAGGAAAAAUUCAGCACAUAAUAAAUAAAGAGAUAGUGCAGGAACACCUGGCUACUUUAAACAAAUUCAAAUCUCCAGGGCCUGAUAAACUACAUCCCAGGGUAUUAAAAGAACUGGCAGAAACCAUCUCAGAACCGCUUGCUAUCAUCUUUGAGAACUCCUGGAGAAUUGGAGACAUUCCAGUGGACUGGAGGAGGGCUAAUGUUAUCACCAUCUUCUAAAAGGGUAAAAAGGAGGACCCUAAUAAUCACCAUCCAGUCAGCCUGCCAUCAAUACAAGGGAAGAUUCUGAAGCAGAUCAUUAAACAGACGGUCUGCCAGCACUUAGAAGGAAAUACUGUAAUCACAAAAAGUCAGCAUGGGUUUCUGAAAAACAAGUCAUGCCAGACUAAUCUUAUCUCUCUUUUUU